GCAAGGGUGAAUGUCACUAUGCACCUCGGCUUGACCUACGACAGUAGUCGCAACUGUGACGAGUCACCCUACAAAGUCACUGUCUGCAUCGGUCACAAACUUGACAAAUGUCGCAUAUUUGGACCUCAUCUAUUCUACGUACAGGCGGCAUGCGCAGCAUACGGACCGAAGGAGGUCAUUCAAUUCGAAGUGGACAGUGUGGAAGAGCCACUAAGGGUGGAUGCUACAAUUAAGGCGACAAACAGCGACAAGGAGUUUCAACUCCAACCGGUGACAGCCAACCUCACCUUCCCGCGUCCCAUUGACGCGAAAACCAAAAAUCUUAAAAUAAUUUUACAAUUCCAAUUCGCCUACACCUGUGUGGCGGACUACUUUGGAGAGCUGUGCGAUGUCUUCUGCUCCUCCGAGGCCAAGGAGUACCGAUGUAGUCUAAGUGGAGAAAAAAUUUGCAAUCCAGAGGAUCGACGUGACGUGGUUGGUGUGGCAGAUUACUCUGUUGCAUCCACAUCUCAGGUGCCCCUAAGUGACGUUGGUGAUCUUGUCAUACUACUGACAACCCAAUAA